UUUGAGUUUUGAGUUUCGCGGUUCGACUUGGUCUUUAGCUCGCUCUGGAGAAAACUAUUCGAAUCUGGUGAAAAGCAUUCCCAUUACCAGCUACUCAGUUCAGUUUCGCUUCCCAGUCCAACUAUAAAAGUGCGCUGCAGUCUCUGUCAAAACAACUGCAUACUGUUAUUACAAUUGCCAAUUGCAUUUUCAUGAGCUAACUGUCUUUCGCAUCGCGUGUGAAAAGUUACAAACAAUAAAACAAUUGCCAACGGUUAAUGUUAAUAUCGAGGCAAUUAUAAAAAAAAGUAAUUGGAUUGUCUGGCUUACGCAAGGCCAACUACAAUUACCAACAACAAGCAAAACAAAUCGCAUAUAAAAAAAAGCAGCACAGAAAUCCCAAUUUGGAUUUAUUAAUAGCGCUGAAAAAAAAGUAAAAACACCAACAACCGUUGCCGUAAAUAACACAACAAAUUGCCAUCAACAGCCAAUAUGUCGAUCGCCAGUGUUCACGGUCCCCAAAUCGCCGACAUCUGCAGUCCCUUGUCGCAUCACAAUCUCCGUCUGUCUGCUUCGGUGCCAGAUCUGGUUGGUAGCCCCCUGGAGAUCAGCAUGGACAACGUGCUGACCAUCGAGGAGCUGCGCCAGCACAUGGGCUCCUGUUUCACCUGCGGCGUCUCCUGGACGGAUGACCAUGUGUCCCUCGACUGCAGCGAAUGCGGUGGCUACAGCCUGGAGCGUCCCUGUCCCCUUUGCGACGGCCAGUGCGGUGUCCAAUGGAAACGUGAUUUCGCCAUGUCCCAUGCCUGCAGUCAAGCUCGCUGGGUGGGCGUGUGCAUUAGUUAUCCGGAAGUGGUGGCCGGAGUCCAGAUGCCCGUUGGCGGAGCCGCUGGAGCUGGAGCCACCUCGUGUGCCGCUGCCGCUGCGAAUCAACUGCGUUUGGCCCAGGAGCUGUGCUCCCGCCUGGAACAGCUGUCCACAUCGACGGCGAGCAAAAGCGGACGCAUCUAGAGCGAGGACCGCCAAAACAGUUCCUUCGACAGCCAGACUGCAAACAAGCCUCCACAUCAGCCACACCUCCCCGCACACACAGCCAAUCAACCGGAUAGCAGAUAGCUGAAAGCUGUAGCAGAUACAGCUCCACCUCCAACUCCACUACCCCACACAAAAAACACACAGUCUCUCACCCGUAAUUUAGGGCCUAAUUACUAAGCUUUUUAGUUGUUAGUUUUUAUUGUUGUGCAGCGUUCAGUCUUUAUAUUUUUUUCUGUUUAUUUUUGCACACAUUUUCUUUUGUUUUAUGAUUUCACUGGUUUCGUUUUCGUUUCGUUGAGUUGUGUGACUAUGCAAAUGUUAAGCAG